CCCAUGGAGUUGCAACAACUUGUUGCCGUGACUGUGAACACUUUUGAUAAAAACAUCCCCAUUGUAAAGGUGUCCAUAGCUUUGCAAGAUGACAGUUCAGUUCUAGGGGAAGAUGUCAAAAGGAAAGUCUGUGAAGAACUUGGUCUGAAGCCAAGCAGCCAUGAAUUGUUUUCACUAUUUACCUGCAACUCAAAAGCUGAAAUCUUACAACGUGUCCGAGACACAUAUCAAAUAGCUUGUCCAGUGAAAGGCUUGGUGCUUAAAAAAUGGUGCUUCAUCCAGAAACAAGAAAACCAGGUCAUCAGAGAUGAUGGAGCAGCUUGUCAUUUGGUGUUUUCCCAGGCGGAGAAUGACAUCAUAACAGGGAGACUGGUGCCAAACAAAGAACAGGAGCAAAAGCUUGAAGAGUACUUGGACCCGGGGUUUACACUUGAGACACAAUAUAUAUGUGAAUGCCAGUCAAUAAAGAACUACUUUUCUAUCCGCGUAGACGACUGUUCCAUGUCUCUGAGUUUUGAGGACGAAUUUACUCCACUAUCCCUCUCUAAACAGCUGGUUAGCAUAGUGAUAUCUUCUGAAGGUGUUACAGUGGACACAGGUCAACAUGCAGUGACCAUCCCACUGUUCUGUGUGAGAAGCUGGAGCAUUAACACUGUUUCAAGUCUCAUUCAGUACACUUACAAGAGUGGAACUGUCCCAGAUAUAACCUUGUCUUUAGGAUCAAAUCAGUUUCAGUACCUACAUGACGCAACGAUGGAAGCAAUUAAAGACUUUCGUAUAAAAUAUGCUGAUGCUUCAAGCUUCUUCUCAAGUAUGACCUCUACAUCGCCUGAUGGCGCCGUAAUUGUCCGAGAGAAUGCUGUUUUUGAUGCAGACAAGGCUAAGCAGUACCAUAUAGAUUUAAGUGCAAUUCAUUCAUAAUACCACUGGAACAGUAAUCUAAAGUUAGUUACAUGUACAAGACUUAUACCAUGGUGUGGUGACCGGUGUAUGUUUUGCGUCUCCACUUCCAUUUAAACUACUUUCAACACCGAAAAGGUCCAGGGCAAUGAUUUUGGGCAAGAAGCAGUUCAACAUUUGUUAAACUUUAUGACCGUAACAUAAUUUCAAGGUCAUAGGGAGAAAAGUGUAAAUAUCUUCAAAUUAUGUCCUCUCAAUACCUCUGGCCAAAGUAUUAGGAGGCCACUAGAGUGUUGGGAUGGAGGACUACCAUAUAAACUACGGUAAUUUGCGCAUUUUUUGUACUGAAAUAAAGUUUAAAGUUGGGGGUGCACAAAUUAUACAGGUAGGGACGUUUUCAGGGAGUGUUUUUACAGAUAAAAAAGAUCGUCAAUUCUCAAUGUCCGCCAUAUCUUGGAAAACGACGGAAAUUCUGCUAGGAAAGAUUAAUAGAUAUACACACAGCAAUUUAUUCUCGUUAAAUAUGUCAGAUAAUGAAGUGAUGUAUAGCUACCUACUAUAUGUGUUGAUAUUUGAGUUAAUUAGGGAUUCAUCACAAUUAAAUAGAAAUCAGUUCGGGAAAAACGUAACUAAAGAAAUGAUGUAACAGCGCCAUACUUCAAAGUUAAUAUUUAUUUUCACAAAUUCCUUAUAAAAAGAAGGAAUAUAUUCAAGCAGUGUUAUCAUAAACAGAUUGAUAAAACAACUAGCCUAUUAAUUGUAUUAGACAUUGUAUUGUUUGUUUAUUUAUUGUAUUGUUUAAAAGUCCAUCAAGAUAUGAUGGGCUUACCGAUCUUUAAAUCCCGGACUCCAUGGAACUAGGCCAAUUGUAAACUGAAUUCUUUUGUUUGAUUGAGAAAUCAUCACCUCUUAUCUGUUACUGGCUGUAAUCUAAUUAGGGUAGUAAGCCUUUUUAACAAUAUGAGUAAAAAAUGACCUUGACCUACUUUUCAAGUCCACAAGGAUUGAAUGUGUGAAAAGCUUUGUGUCUGGUAUGAAAAACAAAUAAUGAAUAUCUGAAGUCCAGUGUCACAAAAGCAUGAAGCUCUAUCGUGGUUUUUUUUUCAAAUUGUAUAUUUUACAUGUAGGAGUUACUAAAAAGAAAGAGUUAAUUUGAAUAUGAUGUCUUCACUUCACACACUGUAUGACAGGUGAGAGGCCCAUUGUUCCUCUUGUUAUAUUUUACAUUUUGAAUGUAAUUUUCAUUGUUUAUUAAGAUAUAUUUAGCAUUGCAUGACUCACAAGAGAGCCAAAAUAGAAAGUAUAACAAUGUCCUACAAAGACAAUGAUGUAAAUGUGCCCUCUUUAAUGACCGUAGCUGUUGAUAGGAUUCAAAACAAUUCAAAACUAAACCAGCUAGACUUAGGAAAGAAGUAUGCCAUGUAAAAUUUUGAAUCCCGGUACAUUUGGUUUUUACUUAAAUAGCAUACUCAUAUAAUCAGGUAUAGUCAACUUUCGAUAUUCCAUGGCUGUUUCAUAUGAUCUCUAGAGCUGUGUCUAAAUAAAUAUUUUGUCUUGCUUAAAAGUUAGAAACCUAUUCAAAUAUGGCAUAAAAUGGUUUCUGCUCAAUUUCUGUCCUGCAUACAGGGAAGGUUUUAUUGUUAUAGAGAACGCCAGUUGAUAAAAUCAAACCUUGUUUAAAUCGACCCACUGUCACAUACAUCAAAUGUUUGUAAAGUCUACGUGGUCACAUAUCAAAUGUUUGUAUAUUCUAAGUAAGUGGUCACAUACAUCAAAUGUUUGUAUAUUCUACGUGGUCACAUACAUCAAAUGUUUGUAUAGUCUACGUGGUCACAUACAUCAAAUGUUUGUAAAGUCUACGUGGUCACAUACAUCAAGGUUUGUAUAUUCUACGUGGUCACAUACAUCAAAUGUUUGUAAAGUCUACGUGGUCACAUACAUCAAGGUUUGUAUAUUCUACGUGGUCACAUACAUCAAAUGUUUGUAAAGUCUACGUGGUCACAUACAUCAAGGUUUGUAUAUUCUACGUGGUCACAUACAUCAAAUGUUUGUAUAGUCUACGUGGUCACAUACAUCAAGGUUUGUAUAUUCUACGUGGUCACAUACAUCAAAUGUUUGUAAAGUCUACGUGGUCACAUACAUCAAAUGUUUGUAAAGUCUACGUGGUCACAUACAUCAAAUGUUUGUAUAGUCUACGUGGUC